UCCUUGGGAGUCCCUAAGCUGCUGGAGGACGUCUAUGUGCGACUGACAUCUCGUGACCCCAGAAAAUUCUGGACCUCUGGCCAAUGGAUGACUGAACGCAGGGGGGGCUCCGAUGUUGGCAACGGCACAGAAACGGUGGCCCAGCCGCUCCCGGAUGGUACCUAUAGUCUCCAUGGUUUGAAGUGGUUCACCUCAGCCACGGAUUCCGAUGUAGCUCUGACACUGGCGCGAAUCAUGGCUGCUGACGGGCAGGUGGAACAGGGUUCCAAAGGCCUGUCUCUUUUCUACCUGAAAGUGCGUGAUGCGGAAGAGAAACUGAAUAAGAUCGAGAUCCAUCGUCUUAAAGACAAGUUGGGCACAAGGCAACUACCAACCGCUGAACUGUUUCUAGAUGGAGCCAAAGCACUGCGGAUCUCUGCAGAAGGCCGGGGUGUGGCUACCAUUGCCCACAUGUUGACGAUCGCAAGGAUCCAUAAUGCCAUAGGUGCAGUUGCAGGUAUGAAAAGAAUGAUCCACAUGGCACGGGACUACGCCACUAAGAGGGAGGCCUUUGGAAAGUUACUUAAGGAUCACCCCUUGCAUACACAGACCUUGGCCAGAAUGGAGGUGCAAACCCGAGGAGCAUUUCUGCUGUCAAUGGAGAUGGGGAGACUGCUCGGACUGGAGGAAACCGAGAAGGCAACCGUGCAGGACCAGCAUAUGCUUAGGCUGUUGACACCGGUUGUCAAGCUUUACACUGGAAAACAGGCUGUUGCGGUCAUCUCAGAAGGGCUGGAAUGUUUCGGAGGGCAGGGCUUCAUGGAAGACACAGGUCUGACGUCGCUUGCCCGUGAUGUCCAGGUGCUUACAAUAUGGGAAGGGACAACAAAUAUCCUUUCGUUGGAUGUUCUUAACUCCAUUGUCAAAAGCGGAGGAAAAGUCCUGGAUGCCUUCUUCUCUACAGCCCAGGCCAAGCUGGAGGUCGCUCUUGGUGCCCCUGAACUAGAACCUUCUGUGCAAAUUGUGCAGUAAGCGCUCCACAAACUCAGACUCUUCACACAGGAGAUGGGAUUAAGGGGGGAAGAAGGGAUGCAGUUGUCAGCAAGAGACUUUGCCUACAACCUUGCACGGAUCUAUGGAGGAGUUCUCUUACUGGAACACGCUGCCAGGCCCAGAGCAUCUGCCACAGACAUCUUUACUGCACAGAGGUGGUGUCAACAAGACCUGUGCCUUGUGGACAGAGAAGACAAGGCCGGCUCUUACAGCCCUGCGGCAGCUUCGCUGGAUCAUGCUUUGGUUUUUGGUGGAUACCCAUUUGUGAAAGGAAAACUGUAAUGAAGCAUCAAGAGUACAAACGUAGGGCUAUGUGCUGGGUUGCAGAAACAAAUUGAAUGUAUACACUUCUGAUUCUUUUCUGCCGAAUACUAACUGAUUGCUUAUUAUAAGAAUUUAAUCAUGUGACAGCAAGUCAAUUCUGACUUAUGGUGACUCUUUCCAGGGUUUUCCAGGUAUGGAAUAAAGAGACAUGAUCCUCA